AUGAGAUGUGAUGUGGCUGCCGGCCAAUGGGAACGCUGUAAUCCCGCCCUGCAGAAGGCGUGUCACUUCCCGGUGUCAGGGCUUAGGGGCGGGACUUCCUACCGCUUCCGGGUGUGUGCUGUCAAUCAAGCGGGCGCUGGGCGCUGGUCCAAACCCACCGCGCCCAUCCUGACCUCCGACCCCCUGGAGGCCAGCAGGACCACAGUGGUGCAGUCUGAUAGAGGGCAGAUCUUCAUCACUAAGGACCAGCUGGAAGGUGAGGUGAGGCUGCCCCUCCCCCCCACCCAGCUGACCUCCUGCCAGGUGAGCAGCACCUACCUGGUCCUGAGCUGGAGCGAACCGGACCCCCGCGGACCAGAACCCCUCACCUACUACGUGGAGCGGUCCAUGGGGGAGGGGGGCCGAUGGGAGAGGGCCAGUGUGGGCGCGGGGGUCUCCUCGCCGCGGUUCCCCGUCUUUGACCUCCAGCGGGGGGGGCAGUACCGCUUCCGCACGCGCUCCGUCAACAAGCACGGCGUCAGCGAGCCGUCAGAGGCCAGCGGGCUGCUGGAGCUGGCCCCGCCCCCAGAGGUCACGGCUCCUCCCCACUCGCUGCUGGUCUUCAGGGACUCUGACAGCUCGGUGGAUCUCCACUGGGAGGCGCCCCCCGGUGGCCAGGAGGUUCUAGGGUACUACCUGUACUACAGCCUGACCGGGUCCGGCCAGUGGAACACCAUCAACAACAAGCCCAUCUCCAGCACACGUUUCACGGCCCACGGCCUCCAGACCCAGCAGGACUACGUGUUCCGGGUGAAGGCGGUGGGCCGUGCUGGGACCAGCGCUUACUCCCAGCAGUCCCCCCCCGUCCGGGUCCGGGCCGCCAUCCGGGCCCCCGGGCCCCCCUCCGGCCUCUCCCUGCUGACGUGCUCGGGGUCUGGGAUGGUCCUGAGCUGGAGGGCCCCCGCCUGCGACGGGGGGUCCCCCGUGCUGGGCUACUACCUGGACCAGAGGGGCCCCGACCAGGACCCCUGGAGAGAGGUCAACCAGAGACCCGCUGAGACACGCCUCCACCAUGUGUCUGACCUGGCCCCCGGCGCCUCCUACCAGUUCCGUGUGUUCGGGGCCAACCUGGUGGGGCUGGGGGCCCCUUCGGGCCCCAGCGAGGCCUUCCUGUGUGAGGCCUGGACCGGGGAGCAGCCAGGCCCUCCCUAUGACCUGCAGCCCCUCCAGGUGCGGUCAGACUCGCUGCUCCUCCGCUGGGUCCCGCCCCUCUACCUGGGGGCCAGCCCUCUCAUUGGCUACCAGCUCCACGUCAGCCAAGACGACCAAUCGGAGAGCUGGACCGUGCUCAAUGACCAGCCAAUCACAGACACCUUCUACCAGGCUUCAGGACUCAAGACCGGACAGACCUACCGAUUCCGUGUGUCGGCUGUCAAUCAAGCAGGAGUGGGCGGGGCUUCCCUUCCCACUGAGCCAAUUACAGCUCUGACCCCACCAGGCACCCGGGAGGUGGAGGCGGGCGUUGACCAUGAGGGGAGGGUCUUCCUGUCCUACGAGGUGCCUGAGGCCACGCCCACUGACUCCACCCACUUCCUGUGGAGCAGGAAGCAGCGUGAGGCCAUCGCCGCUGAGAGGGCAACCCUGCAGGACCGAGGAAACCGGUCGGUGCUGACCUUCAUGGCAGCGUCUCAGGAAGACCUGGGACUGUACUCUGUGGAGCUCAGCGACCGGCCGGGCCUCUCCUCCAGCUACACGCUGACCGAGGCAGAGCUCCAGAGACUGAGCCAGCUCAGCCUGCAGAUCAGGAACCCACGGGUGGGGCUGCGGCUGGGCUGGCAGGUGGAGGUGACGGAGGAUGGGGCCGUUCGUCUCUGGCUGCAGACGGAGCCGCUGAGCGCAGAGGCGGAGCUACGCCUCGUCCUCAACGACCGGGAGAUUGCCAGCACGCCGCGGCGGCGCUGGCGCCUGGACCGGGCGGGGGGGCUGGUGGAGGUGAUGCUGGACCCCCUGGGGGCGGAGGACCAGGGCUCCUACACCGCCCAGCUGAGGGACGGGCGGAGCCGGGGCCAGUUCACCCUGCUGCUGGUGGAGCAGCGGUUCCACCAGGUUCUGGCUGAGUCUCAGGCCAACCGGCGGAACGUCCAGAAGAAGAAGGGUCCGUACUUCCUGGAGGGUGUUUCCUGGGAGGUGACGGAGGAGUGUGGACUGGUGAUCAGGUGUAAGGUGACCAACCUCAACAAGGACAGCUCUCUGCGCUGGUCGAAGGACGGGGGGCCGCAGACCCCCAUGGCCUUUGACCCCUCCUCCGGGGUCGGCACACUCUCCAUCCCUCAGGUGACCGCGGGGUCGGCGGGGUCGUACCGGGCCCAGGUGGCUGAUGGGAGGGGAGAGGACACCAGCACCUUGGAUCUCCUGGACCAGGAGUUUGAAAAGUUUCUGCAGCAGCUCAGCAAACACUGCGCCCUGUCAGCAGGUCCGUUGGGGGUACAGGGUACGGCUGAGGGUCUGAGACUCUACUGCUCCCUGAAGGUCUACCAGACCCACCUGAAGACCACCUGGAGCUUCAGGGGGAGGGGGCUGGAUCAGGACCCCCGGGCGCAGCCCGGGUCCAGCAGGGACGCGGUCUGGGUGGACCUCCGUGACCCGGCAGACAGCGACCAGGGGCGGUUCUCCCUGGAGCUGUUUGACGGCCUGGACCGCCACGCCCGCCACCUGGACCUGACCGGACCAGAGUUUGCUGAGGCCUUGGAGGAGCACCAGAGGAUGAAGCGAGCAGCGGUGGCAGAGAGAAAGCGGGCCAAGGUCACCAAGGGCCUGCCGGACACCGUGGCCAUCAUGGAGGGAAAGUCCCUGUGUCUGACCUGCCUGGUGGAGGGGGACCCCCCCCCCGAGGCCACCUGGCUGAGGAAUGGCGUCCCCCUCCCGGAGAGCCCCCCCUACAGCACGGCCCAGCAGGGGGCCGGCCGCGCCCUCACCAUCACCAUGGUGACCGCCGAGGACUCCGGCACCUACACCGUCUGCGUGCUGAACCUGCACGGCGGCGAGACCGCCCAGGUGACGGUCAGCGUGUACGGGGUGGGCGAGACCCCCCCCGCCAACGCCCUCAGGGUGGAGUGAGACCCUCUAGAACCCCCACCCUCUGAGGGUCCACAGGGCCUGGAGGGGGCGGGGGCUGGAGGGGGCGGGGCCUGGAGGGGCAAAGUGAAGAGAAGAGUUUGUGGUUUUAAAUUGUGACGUAGUUUAACAUGUUAUGAUCUAAAGUAUGGUUUGAGGUUUUAUUGUGAAGUAGUUUAACAUGUUAUGAUAUAAAGUAUAAUUUGUGGUUUUUAAUUGUGACAUAAUUUAACAUGUUAUGACAUAAAGUAUGGUUUGAGGAUUUAAAUUGUGACGUAGUUUAAGAUGUUAUGAUAUAAAGUAUGGUUUGAGGAUUUAAAUUGUGACGUAGUAUAAAAUGUUAUGAAUAAUGUAUGGUUUGUGGUUUUAAAUUGUGACGUAGUUUAACAUGUUAUGAUAUCAAGUUUGAGGUUUUAAACAGUGACGUAGU